UAAAACUGUUGAGUUUUAAGGAUGAUGCACAGGCUUUAGCCAGAAAAAAUGCUGAAAAAUAUUAGCGCCUGUCAAGACAUACUUAAAAAGCCAUUUUUCCUUUGUUAAUCAAUGUCAUUUACACCUAACUGGCCAAAUGCCUGAUUUCCACCACUUAUAUACAGAAUCAUCUAGCCACAGCUCCGCCUGUUUAGUGUCGGGAACUAACUCUUGAUGCCCAUGAUUGGUUUUGGAGCGCCCAAGGAAGUCGCUGCAUACUGUGGAUUAACCAGAAGUGAAGAAAGAUGAAUGCUUAAUGGACACCUGUGGUUGGCACGGUGAAGGUGGGCAAUUUAUGGUUUAAGAUUUAGGAAGGUUAUAGCCGCCCUGUGCCCUGCUGAGCAUUGCACACACCACCACUUCAGUUGCCUGUUGAAGUGUGUAUCCAGCAUCUCCACGGCCUCUCUUAGGAUACCUUUUUACUUACACUGAUUCAUCCAGUGUUUUGGAAAGUACAGGAACGCACAUUUGGAAUACAAAGAACACAGAUAAUGGGGAGGAAGAAGAAACAGCAAAAUCACAAGAGGAGACAGAAGAAGAAGAAGAAUGGCCCAGUGAAAGCAGAGGAAGGCAUGGGUCAGUCUUGUAUUCCUAAAAAGCAUACAGAAACCCAGAAUGCAGUAUCUCUUGUGCCUAAACAGGAUGAAGCUGUGACUACUGAGGUGGCAAUCCAUUUGGACUCAGAUGGCCCAGGACAAGUAGUCACUGGGGAGCUACCAGAAUCGGACAAAGAGCCACUGUCUCAUCAGCCAGUAGAUACACAUGAAGUAGAUGAGAGGCAGAGCACUGGCAAACUAGAGCCGCAAGAGAAAUAUGUCACUACUGUAAAACAGACUGCUGAAAUAAUGAAAGAAGAGAACAACUCGUACCUACCAUUACAGUCUCAUGGGAAAGAGCAUGUAGACACUAAGAAGGAACCAGUGCAAGUUCAACCGUCAGAAGCACAUGUGGAGGACCAGAACAAAUGUACUGACAAAAAGGUGCCUCAGGGGAAGCAUACAGCUACAUUAACAGAGACUGCUGAAAUAAUGAAAGAAGAGAACAACUCUUACCUGCCAUUACAGCCUCAUGUGGAAAAGCAUGCAGACACUAAGAAGGAAGCACUGCAAGUUCAACCCUCAGAAGCACAUGUGGAGGACCAGAACAAAUGUACUGACAAAAAGGUGCCUCAGGGGAAAGAUACAGCUACAUUAUCAAAGACUGCUGAAAUAAUGAAAGAAGAGAACAACUCUUACCUGCCAGUACAGCCUCAUGUGGAAAAGCAUGUAGACACUAAGAAGGAAGCACUGCAAGUUCAACCCUCAGAAGCACAUGUGGAGGACCAGAACAAAUGUACUGACAAAAAGGUGCCUCAGGGGAAAGAUACAGCUACAUUAUCAAAGGACUGCAGCAAACAUGAGAAAGAAGCUCAGAAUGUAGCCAUGUCUGUGCCUGGCUCAGAAAGCAAACAGCAGAAGAAGAUACCCAGGGAUGAAAGCACUGCUUCACCCUCAGCUGUUCCUGCAAAGAGACCAUCCUUUAACAUUUAUUUCCAUGCUGUAUUUGAUAAGAAGUUUCGAUUUGACUUUAACCACGAUAAGGUGAUUAUCGUAUUUGACGAAAACAUGGUACUUCCUGUCAUGAUCCAACAUUUCAAGGGUUUAGGUAAAAAUGGAUACCUUCUUGAAGUAACCGUCUGUGUUGAUCCUGAUGAAGUAAAGAGGAAGAUUUAUUACCAUUAUGAGCUGCAAAAACCAAAGUUUUCGAUUCGAGAAAUGGCAUAUCGAUGUCUGCAAGUGCCACAUAAUGUCAGUGGUAAUGGUAAGUAGAAGAAGUACAACAGAACUAGUUUAUUGCAUUGUGCGGAAACAUUAAUGUGGAAGCCAGACAGUCUUUUGACUACAUACAGGG